AUGGGUUUACCACCAAUACUAGUAAAGAAACAGAGAAUACUAAAUGAAAUUAAAGAUCUUCAAAAAGGUUAAAUAUCACGAUCACUUAAUAGAAAAAUAUCACGAAGCUGCUUUUUAAUUUAAUUUAAAUUAUAAGGUUCCUAGAUUUAUUCUAGUAUUUUUCCACAAUCUAUCUGGUUAUGACACACAUUUAUUCAUAAAAGAAUUAGGUAUUGAUAAAGAUAAUAUAAAAAGAAUUGCAAGUAGUGAAGAAAAUUAUAUAUCAUUUUCAAAAAAUACACGAUAUAUGAAUAGAUCCAAUUACUAAAGACCAUGUUUUAGAUCAGAAAGGAAAACCUAUUUUUAAAACAGUUAAAACAAGAUUUCUUGAUUCUUUAAAGUUCUUAUCUAGUUUUUUAGAAAAAUUAUCUAAUAUUUUAAAACCAUACCAAUUUAAAGAAUUAUUUAAACAUUAUCCUGAACAAUUGUAUUUAGUAAAAGGAAAAUUAUCAUAUCCUUCUGAAUAUAUGGAUUCUCCAGAAAAAUAUGAUGAAGAAUCUCUACAUAAUAUAGAUAAAUUUUACAGCUCUCUUACAGGUGAACAUGUAAAACAAAAUGCAUAUGAAAAUGCUAAAAAAAUAUGGGAAACAUUCGAAAUAAAAAUAUGA